AUGUACACGACGGAGCGCAGGCGAAUGAGCCUGCACGAGUCAAGGAGGAGAGAGUCUGUGCGCGUGUCGGCCGGGAGUAUGUGGCAGGACCAUUUGGCCGCCGAGCUCAGCGCCCCCAAACCCACUCUGUCCCCGCGGAGUCGGAGCAGAGACGUGUCCGUGGUUUACAUCGUUAACGAGGACGCGUCGGUGCCCCAGACGGAGGAGAACUUGUCCCUGAAGUGCCUGAAGGAAGCCUGCGCGGACGCGCACGCGCAGCUCAACACUAUCCAUUUCGAGAGGAUCUCCGUGGGAACCGCGGACGUGCUGGAUAGUUUCUACAACGCAGAUGUGGCAGUGGUGGAGAUGAGCGACACUUUCUGUCAGCCGUCCGUCUUCUAUCACCUGGGAGUGAGAGAGAGCUUCAGCAUGACCAACAACAUGAUCCUGUACUGUUACAAACAGGACGGUGACGUGCAGGCCGUCAAGGAGCAGUGUGGGAGCUACACGUUCAUCCCGUAUGUGGUGUCACCUCAGGGUAAAGUGUUUGCCUGCGACACUGUAAUGAUGACCGGCAUCAAUGAGUUGAUCCAGCCUAAUUUCCAGCUGGAGCCCUUGCUCACCCUGCUGGUGGAGAGACUGGUGCAUCUUCUGAACAAUGUCCAUAUUCAGUCCAGCGAGUACUUCCGGGAGUCAAUCAUGCAUGAGAUCCGUAUGGCACGGGAGCGGUUCAGAGGCGAGGCCCGGAGCACCGAGCUGAGUCGCAUCCAGACACGCCUGGACAGUGUGGAGCUGCUCACCCCUGAUAUCGUCAUGAACCUGUUGUUGUCUUACCGGGACAUUCAGGACUACAAUGGCAUGAUCAAACUGGUGGAGGCUCUGAACAACCUGCCAAUGUGCCUAAUAGCAAGACAUCAGAAUGUCAAGUUUCAGUAUAUAUUUGCUCUAAACAGGCGGAACCACCCCGGAGAUCGGGCUAAGGCUCUGGAGCUGAUUCUGCCUGUUGUGGAGUCGGAGGACAAGGUCGCAUCAGACAUCUACUGCUUAUGUGGGCGAAUCUACAAAGACAUUUUCAUGAGCUCUGGAUUUACUGAUCACAGCAGUCUAGACCAGGCCUGCUACUGGUAUAGAAAAGCUUUUGAGGCGGAGCCGACACUUCACUCGGGCAUCAAUAGUGUUGUCCUCCUGAUGGCAACAGGCCAAGAGUUUGACACAUCCAUUGAAAUGCGCAAAAUAGGUGUGACCAUAAGUACCCUUUUGGGAAGAAAAGGUAGCUUGGAGAAGAUGAAGCAGUACUGGGAUGUGGGUUUCUACCUUGGCGCAAACAUCCUGGUUAAGGAAUAUCGCAAAGUCAUUGAGGCUUCAGAGAAACUCUACAGACUCAACGCCCCAAUUUGGUAUGUGGCAUCCAUUAUGGAGACGUACAUCCUAUAUAAUCAGUUUGCCAAACCACCUGAGGUGAAAUCUGUUAAACAAGAGAUCGUGGACUUCUGGAUGGAGCUGCUUUUGCAGGCCUGUAAACCCACUGUCUCCACAGACCGCUGCCCAGUGCUCAUACUCGAACCGACCAAAGUCUUCCAGCCAGCUAUCGUGUCUGUGAAUGAAGAGGAUGAAAGCUGUACUGUCCAGUUGAAACAUCUCAUGCAUUUAAAGAAAGGCUUACACCAGUGGACUUUCCCAGCCUCUGCAAUCCGGGGAGUGAGUGCUUCGAAGAUUGAUGAGCGGAUCUGCUUCCUGUAUGUCCACUACAACUCUGAUGACUUCCAGCUCUGCUUCCCCUCUGAUCUGCACUGCAAAGGUUUCUGUGAGCUGGUAAACUCUCUGCUUCAGCAAUCUGAAGAUCCUGUUCAAGACCCUGGACAUGGAACCGGGGGAGUAUUAGAGUACAUCUAUGAGACCAAUGAGAAAGGAGACAAGGUGGUUCUGGGAAGAGGGACGUAUGGCACUGUGUACGCUGGGAGGGACCUUAGCAACCAAGUGCGAAUCGCCAUCAAGGAGAUCCCUGAGAAGGACAGCACUUACUCCCAGCCUCUCCAUGAGGAGAUCGCCCUGCACAGGCGAUUAAAACACAAGAAUAUUGUCCAGUACCUGGGCUCUGUCAGUCAGGAUGGUUUCAUCAAGAUCUUUAUGGAGGAAGUACCUGGAGGAAGUUUGUCAUCUCUGCUGCGCUCUAAGUGGGGUCCUCUGAAAGACAAUGAAGCCACUAUCAUCUUCUACACCAAGCAGAUUCUUGAGGGGCUCAAAUACCUUCAUGACCAUCAGAUUGUCCAUAGAGACAUUAAGGGUGACAAUGUGCUCAUCAAUACCUACAGUGGAGUUCUGAAGAUAUCUGACUUUGGCACCUCCAAAAGAUUAGCAGGGAUCAACCCUUGUACCGAGACAUUUGCUGGAACGCUGCAGUACAUGGCUCCAGAAAUUAUAGACCAAGGGCCUCGGGGCUAUGGGAAGCCAGCUGAUAUCUGGUCCUUUGGCUGCACCAUAAUAGAAAUGGCAACAGGCAAAACACCCUUCCAUGAACUGGGAAGUCCUCAGGCAGCCAUGUUCAAGGUGGGCAUGUUCAAGAUCCACCCGAACGUCCCGGUGUGCAUGUCUGACGAGGCAAAGGGCUUCAUCAUGCGCUGUUUUGAGCCAGAUCCAGACAACAGAGCCACCGCCUCAGAGCUGCUGAGGGACCCUUUCCUCCUGUCGUCCACCAGAAAGCGGAUGAAGGCAGUAGAGGAUUCAGAAUCUAAAGAAUCUCCUGGUGACUAUCAACGCAGCCUGUCUGCCCCCAUCUCCAUCCUCGUGGAGGACACUGAUAUGUACACAGACAUGAUUGACUUAUCCGCUUCCCUGGACCUCAGGAGGCUUCUGGCCACGAACACAGACAAUGAUAUCUCAGAGAGCCCAUCCAACAGCAUCAGCUUCCUGCCGAUUCCAGAUGAUUCUUCAGGGGACAUGACCAGUCCAGCUGCCACAGAGGAGAACCUCGGCCUGUUCCUGCUGAGGAAGGACAGUGAGAGAAGAGCCACACUGUACCAAGUACUCGUAGACUACAUAAGUAGUGUGGUCUCUACUGUGCAGGAGUCUGUGCCUCAGCUUGGCGGUGAAAUGUCGCUCACUGCCGAUCACAUCACUGAGCUGGUUACCUGCCUUCGAGAGAACAUCCGCACCCCUGACAAGAAGCAGCUGACCGUCAGCCUGCUGAAGCUCAGAGCCAAGCUGCUGGCAGCUGCAGUACCUCCGAGCUACCUGCAGGCUGUGCUGUUCAGCUUCCAAGAUGCAGUAAAGAAGGUGCUGCGGCAGCGGCAGGUGAAGCCUCAUUGGAUGUUUGCUCUGGAUAACCUGCUCAGACGGGCGGUACAGGACGCCAUCACCGUGCUGCUCCCAGAACUUAAACUGCAGCUUCAGUCCUCGUUUGAUGACAGCGGUCCAGAGGAUCAGUCUGCUGACCCAGACACUCCUGUCGCUUCUGCAGCUGAGCAGAUGGUGGGACUAAAUGAAACUCAGACAGUAACAGUAAAUGAAAUCCCGUCUUCAGCCAGACCCAGUUCCCCUGCAGACAUCAGUCUCAUUGCAAACUGUCCCCUCAGUGAGCAGCUCAGAGAGCUACGACUGGAGACCAGAAGGUUGCUGAUUCAGCUGAGUCAGAAGGAAAGCGAGUACCAGGAGUUGCUGAGAAAGUGUCUCCAGAGGAAACAGAACCAGAUUGAUGCCAUGUGGAAUGUAGAAGUGGCUGCAGAUGGUGACAUGAAUUCGCAGAGGAGCUCUGAUCCUGAGGCAAAGACGUUGGUGGGCUGGCUCAAAGCCGUACCUGUAGAUCAAGACACUGUUGAUAAGCUACUCUGUCAUCGGUUCACCUUGAACUGUCUCCUCCACAUGGCUUGCAGGGAUGACUUGAUGUACUGUGGACUAAGAGGUGGAAUGUUGUGUCGAAUCUGGGCAGCCAUCCGCGCUCACAGGAAGGCCCAGCUCAGCACCCACACUGAAGACAAUGAGGACACUCCACUCUAAUGUAUGGACAUGCAAACAUGUUGGACAUCAGGCGUUUAUGGACAGGCUGGUCCUGCAGCCAGGCACUGGUGAACAUUUUUAUGGAAACAUAUUUAGCAACCUUGUUGAAAAACGAAUGUAUAUUUUGUUACAGAUACAAGCUACAGGUCUGCUAGUUUUUGUGUGGUUGGCUCCAUAAAACUAGUUUUUAUUUUACGAUUACUCAGGGGUUUGACAAGUCAGAUAAUAAGGAUGUCUUCUUUUAAAAUAAAACUUGUGCAUCCUUAAAAUAAUGUGCUCACAAGAAAGGUCAGAUCAGGUGCUGCACAUCAUCACAUCCACCACACAAUCUUGUGUGGCUCCUAGAUGGCAACCACUCAGGAAGACAACCGGUCCUUUCUCCACCUCUCCAAAGUAACCAUCUUAUCAGCCACAGCCAGGUGAAAUGUGGUCAACUGACUCCGCAGGUAACCAUUCGAUUAACAAAAAAAAAUGACUGUGUUGUAGUCGAGGCUCAAACUCUCAAAUCCAGACCAAGACUUUGACAUUUCAGAACUAAGGCCAGGGCUGGAAACCUCAAGACCAACUCAUAAAGAAGAAGAAAUGGUUCUCAAA